AUGAAGAAUAGUUUUAAAUUAUCUCGUUAUUUACCGCAUCAUUAUCAAGAUAAUGGUUACAAUGAUUAUCCAACAGAUACAAAAUAUCCAUCAAUAUGCGCAGGUUGUAAUUGUCAAAUUUAUGAUCAAUAUUUAUUAAAAGUUGCACCUGAUCUUGAAUGGCAUAUACAAUGUUUAAAAUGUUAUGAAUGUGGGCAAUAUUUAGAUGAAACUACAACAUGUUUUGUUCUCGAUGGAAAAACUUUUUGCAAAUUUGAUUAUAUACGAUUGUUUGUAUCUAAAUGUGCCAAAUGUCAUCAAUCAUUUUCUAAAAAUGAUUUAUUUAUUCGUACAACAUUUUAUCGAAGAUUUCAUACAGAUUGUUUUCGUUGUGAUCAUUGUGAUCGUUUACUUACAUCGGGUGAUGAAUAUUAUAUCCAUAGACAGAAUGAAAUUUUAUGUCGACAACAUUUUCAACAAUUAUCAUUAAAUGAAACUAGUUGUACAGAAUCAAAAUCAUCAUCAUCAUCUUCAUCAUCAGAUUCAGCUGGAAUUCCAACAGCAGCAACAAACAAUAAUAUUCCAUUACGUCCACCACCAACUUCAUCAUCUUCAUCUACAGCAUCAAGUUCAUCAAAUCAAGUAACAGUAGGACUUAAUAAUACAUCAAAAUCAACAACAAAUAAUGGAAAUCUUAUACGUAAAGAUAAAACAACACGUAUGCGUACAGUAUUAAAUGAAAAACAAUUAUUAACAUUACGUACAUGCUAUAGUGCAAAUCCGAGACCGGACGCACUUAUGAAAGAACAACUUGUUGAAAUGACACAAUUAUCACCACGUGUUAUACGUGUUUGGUUUCAAAAUAAACGAUGUAAAGAUAAAAAGAAAAGUAUAUUAGUAAAACAAACUCAAGAACAACAAAAAGUUUUAUCAAGUCUUAAUCAUGGUAUACCAUUAGUUGCAUCAUCACCUGUACCAAAUGAUAUGAAUAUUGGUUUACCACCAGCAUCACUUGUUGAAGUACAAUAUCAUUCAGGUGGUCCAUGGAAAACUUUUAAUGAAACAUAUCCUUCAUAUACAAAUGAUUAUCAUUUAAAUAAUCAUCAACAUCAUUUACAACGACAACAAAAUUUUCAUGAUAAUGUUUUAAGUGGUUUUGCAUCAGAAGAUGAUAGCAAUUGUUUUGAUGCAUCACAAUAUAGUGAAGAACGUAGUGACAAUAGUUGUGAUGGAAGUGGAACUGGUCAACUAACACUCUUGUAA